AUGGAAUUCGCAGUCCAUGCAUGACGCAAGGAUGUCAGUCUGCCCAUCAUGGCUACAUCUGUACCAUGAUAGAUCGUUGGGAGAGGCUACUGUGCGCCCUGCUGCAAGAACACUUGGCAGACGGCCUGGACUGUAUGGAAAGGUUAUUUGGACCAAGGAAGCAACUAAUUUCGCGAAGUGGGCACGCUAGAAGACGACGUUGUAUUCAUUACGCCUAGAAUUGAGCUUCUCGAACACUUGCCCUGAUUGUCGCCGGUGAACAAGCACAGGACCCUGCCGUGGAUCUGCUGGGCAUCUGCAGCGAUCAUGGCAAGUGCAGAAUUGUUAAAAAGACAGACAAAUCCGGCGAAGAAGGACUCCCACUGGGUGACAGCAGUGGGCCGUGCAUCCCCGGGCAUUCCAGGGCCAUCGGGCACCCCAGCCAUCUCCAGGUCAAUCUCCACGAGUCGAAGCAGGGCCCACGUUUCGCCCCUUACUUUGCAGUGCAACCCCCACAUUUCACUCACACUCCAUACGGGCAUAUCGACAUCAGGUGUUGGAUUUGGGAGCGAUACCACUGCAAACUUGGAUCAUAGUCGCGCCGUUGACAUCAUUUUGAUAUCAGGCGCGCCGCAACAGGUCGAACCCGGCAAGCGCUUCAGCCACGCCAAUGCUUCUUUCUCGGCAGGAUCAAGUCAACCGCGUCAAAUGCGAAGUCAGAGUCGCACCAGGCUCUGUGUGGCUAGCGGGGCGUCGGGAGAGUUUUCGUUAGCCGGGGGUCGGAUCCUGUUUGCAGGACAGGGGAGCGUGCUCGGCGUGGCCGGUUCCGAGUCUUUAAUCGUACGUUGUCAGUAGACUUUGCCUCUCUCAGAGUCUACAGGAUUCAUUAAAUAGAGGAUCUGCUGUUUCAUUUCCAUCCUCGUUGCUCCACGUGGAGCUGUGACGGAUGGAAUCUCUCUGGAAGGUGGCCAGAAAAUUCCCAAAAGCCCAGAGAAA